UCCGGAGUCAGUAACCCAGCUGUGAGGCCCAAUCCAUAAUUACAUCGAUUCAAACCCUAUUAGGAACCAAGAAUAAUCAUUCCGCCUCUUUCAUACUGACGACUCCAUUCUGCCUCUUCACAAAAAUAUAAAAUCAUCUCCUUCUUCUGAUUUUACAAAGCCAUAUCAAUUAUACCUCAGCCUAGCUUCAUCAAGAGCAACACCACCCAUCUCAAAGUGCAGAGCAACUGACCCUGUUGUCGAAUCAUACGAUACCUCCCCAUUCGAAUAAUUGCUCAAAGACUGAUUGUUCAAAACAGCUCAAGUAGUGUUACGGUUGGAAUUGAAAUCAUAAGUAGGUGGUGUGGACCAUAGGUGGGAUCGCAGAGCUCAUCAUUCAUAGCAGAGAGGAUUUGAAAGCCAGCUUCUAUGGUUUCUUCUGGUUGUUUUUGACCAGACUAUUAAUUUUUUAAUUUUCUAAUUUAUUUUUAUUGUUUUAUUCAAAUUUUCGGGUCAUUUCGGGUCAGUUUCGGGUAAUUCAAGUACCUACCAGGUCGGGUUCGUGUCACACUUUUUCAACCCGUUUCGGGUUCGGGUCGGGUUCGGGUUGGGAUAAAAAAAAACUAGGUACAUCCAACCCGACACGAACCCGACCCAUUACCCGAAAUUGCCACCCCUAUGCUCGACACGCAUUUCAAUGCUCUUAUAAGACAUAGUUCCGUAACUUAUAUUUGAGAUUUUCUUUUUCUGAAUAAAAAUAUAACAUCCAAAUUUUAAUUCAGAAAAAGAAAAUUUUAAAAAUAAAUUACACAACUACACUUUACAGGAGCAUUAAAGUCCGUGCCACGUCCCCGUCCCCCGAUGUAUAACGGAGGGAGUAAUACAUACAUACAUUUUACGUACUCUACCAAACCCCAAGUAAAACUUACACAACACUCUCUUCCCAGUUCCCACCCCACUACUCCUAUAAAUCCCACUACAUCACCAUCACCAUCACUAAAUAGACACCAACAGUAAACUCCUGCAUUCAUUCUUCCACUUCAUUUCAGAAACGCAAUCGGCGGAAUGGGAAGGAACAAGUCACGGAAUCAAUGCGAAGAUGACGACAAGAAGAAUAACAAUGGGGACGAUGAAUACAACACCAAAAGCGAAGACAAGAAGAGUCAAGGAGGAGGAGGGAAAAAACAGGAGAAUAUAAUUGCUGUUGCUCUUAAAAUUGAUUUGCAUUGUGACGGUUGCGCUGAUAGACUCGCCAAACAAGUCCGCUCACUUCAAGGUGUUGAGUCGGUGAAACGAGCCGACACGGACAUGAACAAGCUAACAGUGAUCGGAAGCAUGGAUCCCUCGAAACUCCGAGACUCAAUUGAGAAGAGAACUAAGAAGAAAGUCGAGAUCAUUUCCCCCAAAAAGGAUAAGGACAACAAAAACGAUGGUAAUGGCAAUGACAAGGGAAAUUCAGGCGACAAGGCGGCCAAAACCGAGAAGAAAUCAAAAGAUCCUCCUGUAACAACAGCAGUGCUAAAGGUACCUCUGCAUUGUGAUGGGUGCAUUCAGAAAAUUCAGAAGCUUGUCUACAAAACAAAAGGAUAUAUGGAGAUGAGUAUUGACAAGCAAAAAGAGGUGGUGACAGUGAAAGGAGCCAUGGACAUUAAGGCCUUGGCUGCAUUGUUGACUAAGAAGCUGAAGAGGAAUGUCGAGAUUGUUCCAGCCAAGAAGGAGAAAGGCGAUAACGAGAAGAGGGACGGUGGCGAUGAGGCAGCCGAUGGAGGAAAAUCAGGUGGGAAAACGGAGGGAAAUAAGAAGGUGCAAAUGGGGACAGAGUAUGCGUAUGGGUACCAUCAGUAUUGGCAGGAGCCUGGUUAUAUGCCAAGUUCUUAUUUGCAUGCUCCCCAGUUGUUUAGUGAUGAGAAUCCUAAUGCUUGUGUUGUUAUGUGAAGGGGAAUUGGGGUUAUGCUCAUUUUGUUUGGAAACUUGUAUAUGAGAAUUUGAUACUACAGUAGACUAAGUAGUACUAGUAGCCGGAAUAUGGAUCAGGUAUAAUGUUUGAAAGAGGGGGUUUUUAGGAAUCUGGUGGUGUUACUCAUCAAAUUAUUAUUCUUUAAUGAAUAAUUAAUUGCUUAUUAAAAUUAGGGGUUAUGGUAAUCUUGGUGAUUAAUU